GGUGAAACAGUCCUCGCAGCCAAAUAGAGCUCAUGUCAAUACGCUACAGAGCAGACAGCCCCAUAGUAGGCAAGUUUAGAACUUAUUCUAGCACACACCAAACACGUGAACUAAAAUAUAAAAGGUUCAUCAAAAGGGAAAACACAACAGCAACAUAUUUCUUAAUUCUUGAUCAGUCACUCAUCAGGAUUAUUAGAAACAAAUAUAUGUUUUCAUUCCUACCCUUCUGGAAUGAAUGAACCACAACAUCAUUUUUUGAAGACUGGGACCGUUUGCAAAGACGCCAAGUUGAAAGCAGCAAAGCCUUUGAGAUCUUUCAGCAUUGGAUUCCUCUGACCAUCUUCCUCAACAAGAGCAGUAGCAGCAUCUUCAGAGUUCUCCUCACCAAGACAGCUGGUAAUCUCCUCUCACCUGAGACAAGCAGGAGCAGCGUCUCCACCUCCAGCUACUCUGUCUCCAGACAGCCAGAACACCGGCAGCACCAGUACCAUGGCUGCAGCCAAGACAGAGAUGCUCCUCUCAGCCCUGCAGACAUCAGACCCACUAGGCUUCCCCUACUCUCCCAUGGACAGCUACCCCAAGCUGGAGGAGCUGAUGUUGCUCCACUCAGCAGGGACCACAUUCCUGGCUGCCUCCACACCAGAAGGUGUAGGCUUUGGGACCGGGGAGCCAGGAGACUCAUGCGAACAUCUGAAUGGAGGUAAGGGCUGCUCUAACUGUGAACUCUUUAUGGUUUCAUUUCAGAAAUAUGCAUGAAAAUGUGCAUAAUCUAUGAGGUUGCAAUUGAGUUCUGACAUAGUCUAUGCAAAAAAUAUGAAUAUGUUAAGAUGUUUGGAUAAAUUAUAAAUAGCUUUAAAAAGUGUUAUUAUUAUUGUGCAUAGAGCUGUACCGGUAUUUGUCUUUUUUUGACGAUUGGAUGAUUUAAUUUUUGC